UAUUUGACAACAGUUAACGUUACUGUUUGCCAGCAGCAGACACAUAUUUAUUAAGUAUUAUCUAACAGCAUUUGUUGUGUGAUUUCAUUUUAUAAUGUCAGCGAGAAAGAAAGACGUUCCAAUCCACGUUGAAAUAGCGAAUGAAGAACAGUGGUUGGAAGCCUUAUCAAACCCAACACUUUUUGUUGUGGAUGUUUAUCAAAAGUGGUGUGGUCCUUGCAAGGCAGUAGAAAACCUUUUCCGCAAACUACGGACAGAAAAUGCAGAUGACUUAAUUCGAUUUGGAAUGGUUGAAGCCAGCUCCUUAAGUGAUCUUACAAUCCUCAAGGGAAAGUGUCAACCUGUGUUUCUAUUUUAUUUGGAAGGUAAACUCGUUUCAGUUGUUAAGGGGGUUAAUGGACCUCUUUUGCAAAGGUCAAUUUUAGGAUAUAUUGAAAAGCAGAAGAAAAAAGAGGAAUUGGGCUCCAAAUACAACAUGGAUGUGAAAGAAAUUUUCCUACAAGACCACCUAGAUUCAAGGCCACCCAAGAAGACCAUUGUGGAGGAAUCGAAAGACACUGAUGAUGUGGAUUCUUACCACGUUAUCAUCAUAAAACCAGAUGCUGUGGCAGAUGGACAAGUGCAGACCAUCAUAACAAAAGCUAUGGAUGCAGGAUACUGUGUGGUCGCAGACGAAGAGAGAAUUCUAAAUGAAAAGGAGAUACGUGAUUUUUAUAAAGACAGGGCUGAUGAGCCUGAUUUUCUGACGCUCAUGUCAAGUGGGCCUGUUCAUGCUCUCAUACUGAAGAAGGGAGACAGUAUGGAUGAUGGAGGCCCUCCUGCCCUUACAGAAAUGAUUGAUCCUUCUCAUGUUGACCUAAUAAGACCAAAAAACAGGCCAAAAGAUGGUCAGGAGGUGAUUCUGGAGGUGUGUGGGGACAGCCGUGAACUUGCAAGCAGACAGCUGGGUUUCUUCUUCCCAUCUUUUGAUUUUGCUACAGGAACAAUGGGAAAGAACGACUCCAGGAUUCAGAAAACUUUUGCUCUGAUUCGACCUAGUCUUGUGAAGGAGAAAAAAAGUGAGAUCUUGCAGGCAGUCCAUGAUGCAGGCUUUCAGGUGGCCAUUCAGAAAGAGAUAACUCUGUCUGAGGAGCAGGCCAGGGAGUUCUAUAAAGAGCACGAGGGCAAAGAUUAUUUCCAAGGCUUUAUAAAUCAAAUGACAAGUGGCCCAGUGCUUGCUCUGGCUCUUACCCGCGAAGAUGCCGUCCAGCACUGGAGGAAUUUACUGGGUCCCAAAAUCCUGGAGGAGGCUAAAGAGAAGUGCCCUGAUAGUUUGCGAGCCCGGUUUGCCAUUGACGACGUGGCGGUCAACCAGCUCCAUGGCAGCACCACAAUGGAGGAGGCUCAGAAAGACCUGCAGCGCUUCUUCCCUGUGGAGCACACGCUCGCCGUCAUCAAACCAGACGCCACGCAGCAACACAAAAAUGAUAUUAUCAGUCGCAUUGAGUCGGCAGGGUUCAGCAUUUCUCAGGUGAAGGAGGCUCAGCUCACUAAAGAGAUGGCUGAAAACUUCUACAAGCACCAUCAUGACAAAAGCUUUUUCAACCCUCUGGUGGAUUACAUGUCACAAGGCCCCUCUGUGCUGAUGAUCCUCAGUAAGGAGAACGCCAUCUCUGAGUGGAGAGAGAUGAUGGGGCCGGCGGACCCAGAGAAGGCCAAGGAGGUGAGCCCCAGCUCCCUGAGAGCGUGCUUCGCCAAAAGCGUCAUGGAGAACGCCGUCCACGGCUCCUCAGAUUCCGAGCAUGCCAUGGACAACAUUCGCUUCAUCUUUGGAGAUGUCUGCUUGUAGCCACUGCGGCCGAAGUUGAGUGGCAGAAAAGAGAGUUCUAAGUCUUUUUACAUCAGACAAUAAAAUGAUGUGGUAGUUGACUUAUUGCAUAACGAGAGCAUUGGUGUCA